UGAAAAACAAAUGAAAACCAAACAAAAAAAAUGUUUAAAUUCAGAGACAAAUAGUCAUAUAGGUAAUGUCAGAUUGUCAGAGCAGACAGAAGAUUGUACAUUGAAAUCAAGCACAGCAAAAAGCAUUAUUGUUCACACACAUGUGUACAGACAUACACACGUGUACAUUCACACGUACAUGUUCACACGCGUGCACACAUACAUAGGAAUCUCCACCUCUAUAUAAGAAAUGCUUCAACAUAAGUAUACAUGUAAGUGAGUGAGGCUAAAGUAAUAAAAUUAAUGGCAACUUCAGGGUUUAAGCAUUUGGUGGUUGUGAAGUUUAAGGAAGAUACAAAGGUUGAUGAGAUCUUGAAGGGCUUGGAGAAUCUUGUUUCUCAGAUUGAUACUGUCAAAUCCUUUGAAUGGGGAGAAGAUAAAGAGAGUCACGAUAUGCUUAGACAAGGAUUCACUCAUGCAUUUUCGAUGACCUUUGAGAACAAAGAUGGUUACGUCGCCUUCACAAGCCAUCCUCUUCAUGUUGAAUUCUCAGCCGCUUUCACCGCCGUCAUCGACAAGAUCGUUCUCCUCGAUUUCCCCGUCGCCGCUGUCAAAUCUUCCGUUGUUGCAACACCAUGAAUCUUGUGAUGGUUACAUAUCGUCAUAUGACUCAUAUCGAACUUGUUUCUUAAUUUAAACGAAGUUUGAGUUGUUUGGUUAUGUAACUUGGUUGGUUAAUUAAGUAUGUUUUGGUUUGAUUUGUUUAUUUUCGGUUUGCGGUAAUAAGAAUCUGGUUUGAUUGGAACUUGGAAGUUUAUGAUUUCUUUCAUAAGUGAGCAUUUUUUAAGUAAUUUUUUUAUAAAAAAAUGUUAAUAUUAUGUUUUCUUGUGUAAUCUGUCUCUUUUUGCUCUCUAUACAAUUUAUCAAAACAAAUAAAUAGAAGAUACAAAACUUUACAUUACAAA